CUUCCUUCCCUCCUUCCGUGUGAGAUAGACGACGCCGACCACGUAGCCCCUCCUCUCUCUCUCUCCUCCUCUUCCUCGCGUGUGGCCCGGUCGGUGCCUACGUCGUCGUCGUCCGAUCCCCGACUCUCGAGGACGGACGAGUCGUCGUCGUGGUCGUGCGCGCGCGCUCGCGCCCUCGUUCAAACUUCGAGCGAGCAGGACGAAGCAACUCGGCAGCUGGCUGGCCCUUGGUACCCCACUUCGCGCACUUCCCCCCAUGCGCCCCCAUUUGCAGCAGCAGGAGCAGCGGGACCUUGCCUUCCUCUGGCAGACGCUUGCUCGGCCGCUCGACGGCGUCGUCGCAUUCAGCGGGAGGCUGUGACGUGAACGACCGGCUGGCGGGCGUCGUCGAGGCGGUAGCGCUCUGGAUUUCCGGAGGCGGUAGCAGCAGCAGCAGCAGGUCGUCGGUCUGCUCGGCCUCGGACUCUCGUGGACAGUUCGUGUCGGGGUGCGGGAUUUGUUUGCUGAGGCGAGAACAGCAGCGCCCGCGAGCGUCUCGACAAACGAUCGUUCCGGAUUUGGAUACGGCACUGCGCUUCGCGAGGAUCGUCGUAGGAGCUGCAGGGUUGGGCGAAAGGCGUGCGAGCGCGGUGAAGUGAGUGGUCGUUCGUUCGUGUGUGGGUGGGUGUGCUGGGCGACCCUGAGAGCCUGUCUGUUGCCCGGCGAGGGUGCCAUGGCGGUCCCGGCGGACCAAGAGGUAAGCUUCAGGCUGUGGCCUCCGAGUGACAGCACUCGUGCUCUGUUGGUGGAGAAGAUGGCCACCAACCUGGCUUCGAUCUCGUUCUUCUCUGUGAAGUACGGGCGCAUCGACAAGGCCGAGGCAGCCCAGCAGGCGAAGAGAAUCGAGGAAGAAGCUUUUGUAGUUGCUCAGCAACAGGAGUGCGAAUCAGACAGUGCUACGGUCCAGAUGUAUGCCAAGCAGGCCAGUCGACUCAUGCUAGAAGCUCUGAAAGCUGCGGGCAAGAGAGAAACUUUCUUCGAUAUAUCUGGAGGGAAGAGAGCAUUCCUCAACAAAACAGAAGCCCAGGAGAUUUUGAAGCCGUUGACAGAGGCAGGAAAUGCUUACAGCAAGAUCUGCUUGAGUAAUUGGAGUUUCGGUAAGGAUGCCGGAUUGGUUGCGCAGGAAAUCCUGUCCGGAAUCAAGGGGAAUCUCCUAGACGUCAACUUGGCAGAUAUUGUAGCUGGAAGGCCGGAGGUGGAGGCCUUGGAAGUUAUGGCCAUGUUCUCCGAAUCUCUGGCCGGGAGCAAGUUGAAAAGUUUGAACCUUUCCGACAAUGCUUUGGGCGAGAAAGGUGUGAGAGCCUUUUCCGCUCUCCUAAAAUCCCAAAGGUCCCUGCAGGCCCUGUACUUCAUGAACAACGGGAUCUCGGAAGAAGCAGCACGGGCAAUAUGUGAGCUCUUGCCUUCUGGACAGGAUUUGCGAACUCUGCACUUUCACAACAAUAUGAGUGGUGACGCCGGUGCCCAGGCCCUGGCGAGCUUGGUAGAGAAAGCCACUCUGUUGGAAGAUUUUCAGUUCUCGUCGACGCGGGUGGCAACUGAAGGAGGAGUGGCAUUGUGCCAGGCCCUUCAGGCUGGCAAGAGCUUACGGAGGAUUGAUAUCAGGGAUAACAUGUUCGGACCCCAAGUUGGAAUUGCUCUGUCCAAGACGUUGACGUUGCAUCCCGAUCUAGUAGAAGUGUACCUCGGGGAUAUCGGAAUGGAGGACGAAGGUGUGACUGCCCUUGCCAAGGCAUUGACAGGUUGCCUUCCAAAUUUGAGAGUGUUGGAUUUAGGGGGAAACGAAAUAGGUCCAAAAUCCGCUCCCUUUCUCGCAGAUUGUAUAAAGACGAAGCAGGCCUUGAUUUCCUUGAAUUUGGCGGAAAACGAGUUGAAGGAUAAAGGCGCUGUGAUCAUCUGCGGGGCCAUCAAGGAAGGUCACACCUCCUUGAAGGAGCUGGACUUGAGCAGCAACGAGCUGACCAGAGUCGGUGCUGUGGCAGCGGCGGAGGCAGUAGCCAAUAAGUCGGCUUUCACGAAAUUGAAUCUUGAUGGGAAUCGCAUUUCCGAAGCCGGAAUCGUUGCCCUCAAGGAGGCCCUUGACAAUGGAUCGGCAGGUCAAAAGGUACUAGCUUCGUUGGACGACAACGGAGAAGAGGACGAUGGUGAGGACGAGGACGACGAAGAAGAAGACGAGGACGACGACGAUGCCGACGACCUUGGCAUGGACCGUCUGAAAGUCUGAAAAAGAGUCCUGCGAUCAUUUUUACCGGGCACCGCCCACUUGUCCAUGAGUACAUAUGAAACAGUUAUCGAAUUAGGGAGGGUUCUGUGAAAUAUUGUUGCAAAAUCCGUGAUAUCGGUCGAGUAUAGGUUAGUGAAAAUGAUGAGGGAAAGUCUCCUGCCAUUCAAGUAUAGAACAAUCGAAACGUCUCAGGGUAACCCAUUUUAGACCAUGGCAGUUUCUGAUGUGGUUUUUUAAGAUGUCUGCAGUUAGUACAGAAUAUCGUCAAUGUGCCAUUUAUAGAAGUGCCUGGAGUAACUUCAGAGACGGUCACUUUGUACGAUGGUGGAGUUUUUGGCUAGGUUCAUCCCGUUGAAGUCCUAGAGUUGAUUGGAAUUGGUCAACUGAGUCUAGGGUUAUGAAAGUACAGGCUGAAGGUAUUCGUUCGUAGGUAAAGGACUCAUGUCUAUGAUGUAGACAAAAUUGUUAUGAGUAGAUAUGUGAUUCAAUGAAGAGUUGAGCGUGAGGUGAUGCACCCGUAUACCCUAUUCGUCC